AUAGUAAAAUGUCAAGCAAACCACCACUUUCGUUGUCUUCAGUUGUUGCUUUUACCAAGAUACUUAAACAGGUAAUUUUAUAUAUUAUAUUUCUGAGUAAAUAUUAGAAAAACCUAAAUCCUAACAAUUAAUAUGAGAAAUGGAAAAAAAACACAUUAUCGAUUCCAUUCUCGAUUAUAUGAAUCAGUUCAAUUAAAUAUUAUUUUGGAAAUAUUUAAGAAAAUUGUUCUGUUAUAUGUUUUGAAAAGUGAAUAGAUAGGGAUUCAUUUAUUUAAAAUGAAUCAUUAUACAUAGAAAUGAAACAGCUCAAUCUAAUUGUUUUGUUGUUGGAAAGUGAAGGGUCAUGUCCAAUAUUGUUUUUUUCGAAUAAUUCAAACCUGGUGAGAAUUUUUACCUAUCAGAGACUGAACACUCGAAUAUUAGCAGGUUAUUUUUGAGGAUAUGUGCGGAAAUACUGCGGAUGUUCUUAUUUAUUUAUUCAGUUUCAUCAUUAAUAACUAUUAUUUUCGAUUGAACUCUAGCCUCAUUUUCUUUUGUUUUAAGAGAUGCAGGAUUUAUUUAACAUGAUACCUAUUAUAACAUAAAUAGUUUUGUUUUCACUUUUAGGAUACAAUAAUCUUGAUAUGAUAACGUAAUAUUUAGGCCGGAUUUAAAUUCUGCACAGAAAGUAACUUCAAAAAUGAGACUUUUCCAAAAACAACUACGAUCCGUUUUUGCAGUCCUAUGUUGAAUAUUCUGUGCAUUUUAUUAUGCUCUCUUUUUUGUAUUUAUCCACAAAAUUUUUAAUUUUUUUCUUUUUUAAUUUACUUUCUUUUAUAAAUAAAACUAGUCUCAAAUAAAUUAUCCAAAACAUUUUUAAGCGUUCUUUCUUAGAAGAAUUAUCAUAAUUGUUCAGUUAUUUAUGUUCUACACUAUACAAUAAAUAUGUUAUCACUUGAUAAUAUGAUAGAAUGGGCAUCACAUUUGCGCUAAAACAAAAGAUAUUGAAAAUUAUUGCUAGAACAUAUUGUACAUUAAAUGGCCAGAAUAGUUUCAAAAUAUUACUUGCACUACUGAUUCAAAGUUCGUUUAUUCAUUCAAUCAGUGUAAACUGACAAAAUUAUGCACUAUAAAUAAAUGUUGAUCGAAAUGAUGAUAAAGUUACAGAUGAUAUUAGUGCCAUCUUGACGAUAAAAUAAUUUCGACACUUUUUUAAGCAGGUUGCUUCAUAAUCAAUUCCCAGUAAUUAACUGACCCAAUGCAUAUCUCUCAAUCUAUAAUUUUACAUUUAUUGGAUACAUGUGGAUGGAUUGGUGUUGGAUGGAGAAUUUUUGAAUUAACGGUGUAAUCAAUUUUUUAAACUCAUCAAAUACAUUUUUAUUAUUUCUAUACUGUUUAUACACAGCACAUUCUCUAUUUUACUAAAAAUUCACGACACACCCUGUAAUAUAUGAGGAUUUACAAUUUACAACAAAAAAGUCAUAUCUGAAGGUGUUACGUAGCAAGUUUCCCCUCCACUUCUAUGAUUAGAGGAUAAUUAAUUCUCCCUGAAACCAAACAUUUUAGUCUUCGUGCGACAAUUCCCGGUCUUUAUCGAUAGGCAUGUCUCAAGUCAAUCACCGUUCGAGCUUAAAAUGAAAAGUGAUACUGAAAACGAUAACAAAAAUAAAAAAGGUAAUGAAAAAAAAUUGACAUCAAAAGUUACUGCUACGGAAGAAAUUGAAAAAAUUUCCACUGUACCUCAAUCAAGUGUUUCAUCAAACGAACGGCAGACACCAGAAGAUAACAAUCAUUUGACUUUAACCAGAUCAGUGUCGGACACUAAUCUGCAGGAAUCUUGGAAAAGCGCGGAAAAAUCAGUGAAGAUAGUAACGAGAAGUCAAAGUAUCGGUGGUGAAUUUCAACAAGAAACAGAACGCACAAAAUAUUUGAGGAAUUUUAAAGGAAUGGCUCCGUACGGUGAACUCAUUAUAGAACAAGAUCCCAACACGUCGAGUGCAAGUCAAUCAACAAGCAAACCAAAAGACGGCUUAUAUAAAAUAUUGGUAAUAGGAGAUCUUGGUACCGGAAAAACUUCCAUAAUAAAGCGUUAUGUUCAUCGAUUUUUCACCCAACAUUAUAGAGCCACAAUUGGUGUAGACUUUGCAUUAAAAGUCCUCAAUUGGGAUGAGAAUACAGUCAUAAGACUUCAGUUAUGGGACAUAGCAGGUCAAGAACGAUAUGGAAAUAUGACGAGAGUAUAUUAUAAAGAAGCUGUAGCAGCUUUCAUAGUUUUCGAUGUUACUAGGCGAGCCACAUUUGAUUCGGUAGGAAAUUGGAAAACAGAUCUGGACACCAAAGUGCAAUUACCCGAUGGAUCAAAAAUACCAUGUGUUUUAUUAGCAAAUAAAUGUGACCAACCAAAAGAGGGCAUUGUUAAUAACCCGGCUAAAAUGGAUGAAUUUUGUAAAGAGAAUGGUUUCCAUGCAUGGUUUGAAACUUCAGCAAAAGACAAUAUUAAUAUAGAUGAUGCUGCUAACUCGCUAGUCGAAAAGAUCUUGGCUAACGAUUCCCUAUUGAAUAGUGAGUCCAGAAUGUCUGCGGAUCAGUUUGCGCUUGGAAGAGGCAACAAUGAAGAUGGCUUGAACAGAAACAAGUGCUCCUGCUAACAUAAAAAUAUCUAUUCCACAUUGAGAAUAACUUUGAGUAAAAAUGUCAACUGCUGAAGAUUUUACAUUUGUAAAUAUUAAAACAAUAUGGACUGUUUGUAUAUUAUGUACUUAAACAAAACUUUUUACAAAAUUAAAUUCUAUUGUUUAAUUUUGACACUGCAUUAAAAGUUAGAUUUGCGUAUAUUUUUAUAUGUUAGAGUCUUCACAUACGAAAUAUGAUGUAUGUAUAUGAAAAUUUGAUUAAUCUAUUAUUGUAUUUGUGAGCUAUAUUUUUCCCUCUUAGUUGUUUUAAAAAAUUUUUUUAUUUUAUCGUUCUAAUUUUUUAACUAAUAAAUGAUAAUAGAA